UUUUACUCUCUUAAUCCUUCUCAUUACUCCUUCCAUUCCCUUGAAGCCUUUUUCAGAACCUUGAAAGGGCAUAUAGCAGUUCCCUUUUUUCUUUUAAAGAAUCUGUGUGUUCCACCAUUAUUAUUUAUAUAUUAUAUAUAUAAGAAAUGGCAUCAAAAUCAACGUCCUCUGGUGGGUCUGGUUCCUGGACUGCACAGCAGAACAAAGCCUUUGAAAACGCUUUGGUUGUGUAUGAGGAGGACACCCCUGACCGUUGGGCCAAUAUCGCCAGAGCAGUUGGCGGCAAAACUGCUGAAGAAGUGAAAAGGCACUAUGAACUCCUUGUUGAGGAUAUCAAGAAUAUUGAAUCUGGCCAAGUUCCCUUACCCAAUUACGAGCCCACCAUUACCAGAGGACGAGCCAAAAUGUGAAGCUGCUGUUAGCUGGAGGAAAGCCGAAGAAUCAUCAACAGCAAUCAAGAAGAACACUUUACUCUAUUUUCUAUGAUUUUAUUUGAAGCCGUGCUUGUUUAGUAUAUGUUCUACUAAUAAACCUACUAGUCUUUUUAUUAAUUUCUGUCUUUUCCUUUUAUAUAUAUGAAAAGAAGGAAGGCACUUUGAAUCAUGUGAUUCUUGUAUUCUCAUGUGCUUUUCACUGUAUAAGCAUGCAUAAUAAAUAUUUUGUUUAAUUAUUA